AUGAAAGAGGCAGCCCAUGCUGAAGAGCUGAAAACUCUUGUGGAGUUCAAAAACACAAGAAAUGAUUGGUUUGUCAAAGAAACGAGGAGGAGACGCAGAAAGGUUACUCCUAAAGUACAAGAGGGCGAGGGAUCUUCAUCACAACAGAAGAAGAAACAAAAGAAAGCCGCGAAAACAUUAUUGAUUGAUGAACUUGAAGAAGAUGAGCCAGUUGUAACUGCGGAAGAAAAUCCGUAUAAUGUUGAUGAAAAUUUGAUGUUUAAUGUUGAUGUAUUAGAAACAGAGCAAGCUGUUAAUGUAGAAGCUCAGAAAGAGAAGGUUAUUGACGAUAUUGAAGGUGAUGAUGUUGAUAAAGAUACUACAAGUUCCUCUAGUUCUUCAGAAGAUGAAGUAGAUGAAGUUGAACGUUUAAGAAGAAUUCGAGAAGCAAUAGAGAAAGAGAAAUUGUUGAGAAAGAGGAAGAGGCAAGAGAAAGAAGAUGCUCCAUACGUGCCAUCCCCACAACAUGUUUCUGAUUCACAAUCUCCUUCAAGCGGCAGAAAGAAAGCUGGGGCAAGAAAGAAAGUUGUAUCUCCAAAGAUCCGAAAAGUUACACCAAAGAUUUCAAAGCCAAAGAUCGUUUUAAAGAAGAAACCUUCCAAAGAAACCAGUCUUCACUUUCCCCAUGAUAAUCUUGAAGACAUUGGAGAUUUCGGAUUUGCAAACGAUGAACAAGUGAAGAAGUUGGAGAAGAAGAUGGAUGAAGUGUUGGAUGAAAACAAAAAGUUAGCUGCUGAGAACAAGAAAGUUUCUGAUCGUGAGAAAAUUCUUGAGAUGCGUGUGAAGAGACUGGAGACUGAUAACAAAGAAUUGUUGAAAAAGAUUGACACUGAUCAAUCUGAGAUUGAUAUUUUGAAAGUACGAGUUGCUGAACUUGAAGAAGAAAAAGCUCGAAGAGAUGAACAGAAUAAAUACUUCGAGUUGAAAAAUAAAGAGCUUGAAGCUACUAAGGCUUUGAGGGAGCAUGAGUUCUACAUGUUAAACAAAGUCGUUGAAAGUAUGCUCGGAACAUCAGUUGAAAAAAAGUUUGAAGAGAUACAAGUUGAAGAACUCAGGGCACAACGCCAAGCCGAGAUUGAUGAACAGAUGAAAGAUAAAGGUAAAGGCGUUGAAGGUAGUUCAGCAGUGACAGAGAGAUCAAUUGUUCCUUCCAUGGUUGUUGAGAAUCUAGAACCUAUAACUGCUAUAUCUGGUCUGUUUGAGGAAGAAACACAUCUUGAAGAGUUAAUUGCAAGUGGUCAUGGUUCUGAUAACGACGAUGACGAUGCUCAAGGUGGUAUGGGUAUAAAAGUGACUGAAGCUUCCACUGAAAGAACUGUUGAUGAUUUGAUGAAUGAUUCUGUGAAUGAAGAAUCAGGGGGAGCUGAAGGAAAGGGGGAGUCAGGUGAUACUCAAAAUGUUCAACAUGCCGAGAAGUUAAUUUUGAGAUUGGAUACUUAUCGGGAAGAAGGUGAACAUUUUCAUACGUACACGUUGGAAACGAUUAAAGAAAUAACUCGUAUGGUGAAUCCUAAUUUCAAGUUUGAUUUUGAGGAAGAAUUGAAUGCCUUCGACAUCAACCAACAGCCUGAAUAUGAGUAUAAGUAUGUUGAGGAGGCUGACAUGUACGACAGAGUUGAAGUUGAGGAUUGGACGGAUGAUGAAAGUGUUAGUGAAGAUACUUCUCAGUUUCCUACGCUGAUGGAGUUCUUUACAGAAGAGAAUAGAGAUGAGUUGAUAAGAAAGAUCGCUGAGAUCUUAAAAGAUAAAAACUUUGAUGGCACUCCCAAAGAAAUGGAAAAGGAAGAACGGAAAAAUGGUUCAAAGACGAUCACGAGAGGAAGUUCAAAAGACCGUUGA